AGGCCCCCCGUGGGCCUAACGAUUUUGAGUCAGCUUCUCUCGCCAAUGGAGCGAGACACGCUGGUAGAUGCGCGACAUGCGCCACCGUCGCAAGCGUCACGUCCACGACCUCCGGUGCUGACCGCGUGCACCAGCCCUUGCGGCAACGGCAACGGGGAUUCGGUGGACGGUCCGAACAACUUUGUGCGUCAAGGCUCCCGCGAGCCGACCCCCGUGGCGUUGAAUUCCUUUGGGCUCUUGAAACCGCCGGAGUCGCAUCCCUCCACACCGCUGUCGAUCUGCAAACCGGAACUGGCACGGCCCCUCUGCUUGGGCGAGGACAAAGGCGGUGUGGACAAGGUCUUAGAGUUGUCCUGGACAUCUUGGUUGAAGCGACUUCUGGCCUUCACAGGUCCUGGCUGGUUGAUGAGCAUUGCUUACGUUGACCCUGGGAACUUGGAGGCGGACCUGCAAAUCGGAGCACAGUUCGGAUAUUCUCUGCUUUGGGCUCUCUUCGCUUCUACUGCUGUGGGCUUAGGGAUGCAACUUGUAGCUGCUCGUCUGGGCUGUGCCACCAAGCGACAUUUGGCGGAACACUGUCGGGAUGCCUUUAAUCGCCCGCUGCGGCUUUUUUUGUGGGCUCUGACUGAGAUGGCCAUCAUCGGAUCUGAUAUUCAGGAGGUCAUCGGCUGCUCCAUCGGUUUAGAGCUCUUGGCGGGCCUGUCACUGGCAGAAGGUGUUUUAGUCACUGCCUUCGCAGCUUUCAUUUUCCUGUUUCUGGAAAGAUUGGGCACGAGGCCCUUGGAACUCUUCUUCGGCAUCUUGAUUCUGGUCCUGGCUUUGUCGAUGGGACGUCUCUUCAUAGUGAUCUCCCCAGACGAUCUGGCGGUGCUGGAGGGCCUAACCAUCCCGCAGCUGCCGAAGAACGCCUUGCAGCAGGUGGUGGGAAUGGUUGGCUGCGUCAUCAUGCCCCACAACCUGUUCCUUCACUCGGCCUUGGUCCAAAGUCGUGUGAUUCAAAGUGGCGAAGAGGAGGAGGCCAUUCGUCUCUUCACGGUGGAAUCCACCGCCGCCAUCAUCACAUCUCUGGUGAUCAAUACCUUUGUAGUAGCCGUUUUUGCCAAGGGAUUCUAUGGCAAGCCUGGCACGGAAGGAAUCGGCCUGGCGAACGCCGGCAGCUACCUGGGCGAGGAGUUUGGCCACACCAUGCGCAUCGUCUGGGCGUUGGGCCUCUGCGCCGCCGGGCAGUCCUCGACCAUGACGGGGGCCUACGCCGGACAGUGGGUCAUGCAGGGCUACUUGCAGCUGCAGGUUGCGCCGUGGAAGCGGGCCCUGAUCACGCGCUCCAUGGCUUUAGUCCCUUGUUUGAUGGUGGCGAUCUACUUCCGUGACCGCCGCGACGGCUUAGACGUGCUGAACGGCUAUUUGAAUAUCUUGCAGAGCGUCGUGCUGCCAUUUGCCGCCGUCCCCUUACUGUCCUUUGCAGGCUCUUACCGCAUCAUGGGGCGUCUGGCGUUGUCCAAGCCUGCCAUGGGAAGCGCCUGGCUGGCGAUGUCCAUGACGAUUGGCGCCAACAUGUACCUGGCCUUACAACAAUUCGAAGGUCACAGUUGGAUUUUGACCACCUUGGUGUGCUCAAUCUAUUUCGCAGCAGUGGUUCUUGUCUUUGUCAAAGCGCAGAAGUUUGCCGGCGGAUGAUGCGGGAUGAGUGAAUCAGUUCUUGGAUGCCGCGGGACCCAGUGCAUAGUGAUCCCUUUUUGGGGCCUAUUUCACCGGCGUCCCAUGAGAUGAAUUCAAUAUUUUUCAUGGCUGAGUGAAGCAGGGAUCAUGGCUG